UACCGAUUGGUUCUAACAUUUUAAACGUUCUUCACAACUCAAAGUGUUUGGAUUUACACACAACAAGUGGAGUACAUCGUAUCAACUCAAUCCAUACAAUCAUUUUGGAUCACACAAAAGUGCAGCACACAUUACCAGCUAAAACUCUCUCUCGAAUUUUCGGCGAUAAUUUGUAUUUAUUGAGGCUUUGUUUUUUGUUUCUGCGAAAUUAUUUCAAGUUCUUCUGAGGUUUCUAAUAAUAUAAGCAAAUAUUUACUAUUCCAUUUAAAUUCGAUUUUAUUGGGCACACAACGUUUAACUAGCGACAUUUAUUCUCAAGCAGCAACAAGUUGUAAUGUUAUCCGUUUUAAAUAGAAAAAUAAUAAUCAGUUUUGCAAUAUAUUUUACCUGAUCAAUUCCAAUUUCUGGCCAAACUUAAUACAGUUUCCAGCGAGAAAAAAAACUUUAUUACAUUACAAAUAGUGAAUAAUAAUUUUUGUGAUAGAAAGAAAUGAAUGAAAUUUAAAUCAGCAAUUGGAAAAUUAAAAAGGCAACGUAACUGUUUUAAAGUAGAUUCGAAUUUUUCUUAGUGCAUAUCUAGCCGAGGGUGGUGGAAGUUUUUUUUUAGUGAUUUUCACAAAAAGCAGAAACAUCACACGGGUGCCAACAAAAACCACAGAUAUCCAUACGGAAUUCAAGCCGAGGGGAGCUAAUUUUACAAACAAUCUACAUAAAAAGGGAAACAAACAAAAUGCGUUCAAUUGCCAUUUCAAUUAUUUUACUUGGAUAUAUUGUAACCAUAAGCAAAUGCGAACAGGCAUACGAAUCAAAUGCAGUCGAUUUUGAUGGUUUAGCAACGGAUAUUGAUAAAGACAGUAUGAUAAAGCGAAUGGAACGAAGAGCGUAUACAUACAUGACCGGCAUUCCAGGCACUAAACGGCUGCCCAACUACAAUUUUGGUUUAGGAAAACGGGCCAGGCCAUACAGAUUUGGUUUGGGGAAACGCUCUGAUGAUUUGGACUAUGAUGAUUCGGCACUUUUUGGUGAUCAACAAAAUUGGAGACCGUGGUUUGAACGAGAUCAAAGAUCCAGAUACAACAUGGGACUUGGCAAACGUGGAAAUGUGGAAAGACGGACGCCGCCAGAGCGCUUGUAUGGGUUUGGUCUUGGAAAACGUGCUGCAAACAUAGAAGAAGAUGCAUCAACAACAGCACCAAUUGAUCAAUCAAAUUAUGACGGAUAUGACCGAAUUCGAGCAUCACGCGGAGCACUAUCGGUUGGACUUGGAAAACGUUUGAUUCAGGAUGAAAAUGUUGAAAGAAGAUCGGGCGCACAACGCUACAAUUUCGGUUUAGGUCGUUAAUUCUUUUUUUUUUAAUUUAAAUUUUAAUUUCUGACACCCAGUCAUUCAGUAAAGUAUGAUCAGUAGGAUAUGAAAUAAUGGAAUACUGAAAACGAGUAAGGAUGAGAAAAAUAAAUGGGGAAAGAGAGUGAGAGAGUGUGAUAUAAAAAUGAGUGGUUUACCAUUCAAUGCUGAGCUAAUUGAAUUGUUAAGUUAACUCUAAUUUUAUUAUUGAAAUAGGAUUUUGCGCUCAAAUGUCAACCAUGCAAAUUAAACUCUUUGAAUGUCCAGUGUCCACAUUUCAAACAAUUAUGUACAUGUCACGUGACACAAAUCUUGAAAAUUGCACCAUAUUUCAUUUCACACAAAAGUGCACCCUUUCCACUCAUCCGAUAAACAUGUAUAAUAAUUAAAUACAUUUAUUUUUCCCUUUUCUAAAAUCUAUUGUCUAAAGCUAUUCGUACAUUAAAGGCCGCCAUUUUUUACACAGUCACUUUAGUUUAUUUGUAAAUAAGAAAAAUGGCUUAUCUACAGUGAUAAUUGCAAUUAAACUCUUUUACAGUCACCACUUUAUGGCCUUUUACAGUCAUCACCAUAAAUAAACAAAAAAAAAACAUUUCAAACACAGUCACUGUUCAUGUAAAUAAGCAAUUUUUUUUAUUUAUACUUAUAGUUAGAGUGACUGUAAAUAAAGACGGUCUACAUUAAAUACAUGUAUCGUUUAAUUUCCAAAAUGUGUAUUGCAAAAAAAUUAUUGCAAUGCUCGCAAAAAGGGAGGAAACCAUUUCAACAUUAUAUAGUUCAUAUAAUACAAUCUAGUAUAAAAAAUAAUUCCAAAUACCGUGUCAAAAUCUCUUGACUGACUGAAUGGUUGACUAUGUAGAUGUUUCUACUUCAUUCUACAAAUUUACGGCAAAAAUCGGCUAAAUUUGAUCAAAAAUUCAAUUAAUUAAGGUUGUCUGAAAUCGUCUAUAAUUGACCAGAGUUUGCUAAAAUUGAAGCAAAACCGUUACCUACAGACGACCGUUUCUUGGAACUGGGACGAAGUACCAAGCCACCAAAUAGCGACGCCCUUCUGAUUAAAAUGUAUUGAUAUUGUACAAGAGUUAUUUUGCUGCUAGAUUCCAUUUUAUGUGCUAUGUCUUCACACAAAAAAAAGCAUAACCUUUCCGCAAUCAGUUCAAUGCAAUGCUCAUCUAGUAUUUAUAGUCCAACCUAAAUUCAAUUAAUAACCCACCAAAAACUAAUAAAUUCAUUUAUAAACUUUAAAUCGGUCGCAUUCCAAAAGUUCUAUUUUUUUUUUCAAACAUUAACCACUUUACUAUUUAGUUGAACGCAACAAGCUGGCCUCUCAUUCCAUUUUAUAUGAAUUUAACAUGUUGGAAAUUGUAAAUGUAUAAAAAAAAUAAGCAUAUGUAUCUGAAUUCUAACCAAAUAAUGACAAAUUUUAGAUAAUAAAAUAUCUUAUUUAUUUAUUUAAUCCAAAUGGCACACGAAUAACUCAAUGAUUUGUGAAAAUAAAAGAUUUUAAAGAAAAAUGAAUAAAUGAACUUCAACCGUUGCUCUCAACAUUUCAUAAAAUGACUUAACCCAUUUU